AUGCGUUUUUCAACCCACGGCUCCGCGGCCGUGGCCAUGGCGGCCUCGCUCGCCAGCGCCUCUGCGCCGGUCUCCGACCGAGAUCUCCUUAACCUGGACCUUCCCAAGGACCUCAGCCAGCCCAUCUCCGCCAAUGUCGACCUCGGCAUUGACCUGAGUGGCACAACCCUCGCUGCCGGUGUUUUGGCCAACGUCGCAGUCCCCCCCGUCGUGGGCGCUGCUGCUGAUGUAGAGGUUGCCAUCGUCUGUGACACCUGCUACACCAAGGGUAACAUCAACGCCAGCAUCAACCUCGACAACGUCGUCCCUGCUCUCGACUUGACCUUGACUGACAUCGAGGCCAAGCUUGACUUGGACAUCGAGAUCGGUGCCGCCGCUGUCAUCGCGGUGAACUUGUUCACUCCCCCCAACCCGAUCUCCCUCAACCUCCCUGGUCUCAAGGUUGACGCCUUGAUCUCCCUCGAUCUCGUCCUCGGUGUCGAGACCGCCAUUGACCUGUCCGCCGGUAUUGACGUGAAGCUUGCUGACGAAGCCCACAUCUCGACUGACAUCUUGGCUGGAAAGAUCUUGGACGCUGCCUUCUCUGGCCUCUCCGUCCAGGUCUUGCCCGUGGAAGUCCGCAUUGGUUGCACCAAGCUGUUGGCUGACCUUCGUCUCCGUGUUGAGCUCGGCGUCGCUGCCGAGGUCGACGUUGAUGACGUUGUCCCCAUCCUAGACCUCCCUGAGAUCGGUGCUGGUCUCGAGGUUGCCGUCUUCGCCAACUUGCUCGAGUACGUCGGUUUCUUCUGCGCCACCCCCUCGUGCCCUCUCUCCAAGGAGUCGUACGGUCUCAACAUCGGUGCCGCCGUCGAGCUCAAUGUCGACGUUGAGGACCUCCUCUCGCUCCACCUUGCCCCGACUCUGUCCACCGCUCUCCUGAGCUACCCCACGACUACCAUCUGCCAGCAGCCCUCGUACACUGCCUCGAUCCCGGCUAUCACCGCUUCCGUCCCUGCUGGUGGCGUCCCUACUGGUAGCCUCCCUGGCUCUCUCCCCUCCGGCUCUGCGUCUCUCCCCGCUUCUGUGCCUGGCUCCGGUUCCGGCUCCGGCUCUGGCGCUGGCUACCCAUCCCAGACCGUCCCUGCCGUUACCUCUGGCACUGCUGCCGUCACUACCCCGGCUCCCAGCGGCGGUGCUUCCACCACCUCGACCGUGACCAACACCCAGACUUUCACCGUCACUCAGUGCGCUGCCUCCGUGCCCAACUGCCCUGCUGGCUACGCCACCACGGCUACCCUGGUCCAGACCACUGUCUACACGACUGUCUGCCCUGCCACCAUGACCGCCCCCAUUACUGCUCCUCCUAAGGCCACCCACACCAAGCCUGCCAUCGCCACCACCGUCUCCAAGGAGUCCGUUACCCUGACCCCUUGCUCUGGUGUCUCGACAUUCACUCCUCCCAGCAACGUCCCCACCGCUCCUUACCCCACCGGUGGUAAGCCCGCCGUCAGCACCACUCCUGCUGUCAGCUCUUCCGCCACUCUGCCCGCUAGCAGCGCCUCUGUCAGCACCCCGGCCGUCGUCAGCACUCCCGCUGCCAAGCCCUCCGGCUCGUACCCCGUUGUGCCUGCCCGUGACACCAUGAGCUACCCCGAGGCCCCUGCCGGUGGUUACCCUACCGGCGAGACCCCCUCUGCUAGCGAGUCUGCCCCCGUCCCUGCUGGUGGCUACCCUUCCGCUAGCGUCCCGGUCGCUGAGUCCUCUUCUGCCAGCCUCCCCGUUGCCAGCACCACCCCCGCUGGUGGCUACCCCACUGCCCCUGCUCCUUCGGUCCCGGCCACCUCUGAGACCGCGGCCGUGAGCAGCAGCAGCGCCACUGCCAGCUACCCUGCCAGUGGUGUUCCUUCCUCCAGCGUCCCCGCUGCUAGCGCCAGCUCGCCUGUCAGCUCUGCGCCUGGCUACCCCGUUGGCGGUGUUCCCUCGUCCAGCGUUCCCGUCUCUAGCGCCAGCGCCAGCUCUCCCGUUGGCUCUGUCCCUAGCUACCCCGCUGGUGGUGUCCCCGUCGGUCCCACCGGUAGCGUUCCCGCCGCCGGCACCACCGCCCCGGCCUACCCUACCGUGAUCCCUCCUUACCCGACCAGCACCCCGUGCACGACCCUAGCUACCCGCCAGCCCAGCGCUAGCGCCAGCUACCCCAGCACUCCCAGCUACCCUGCUGGCGAGACCCCCAUCGCUACCGCCGGUGCUGCCAAGCUCGGAAGCGCUGGUCUGUUCGCCGUCAUCGGUGCCGUCGUUGCUCUCCUAUAA